CGCUAUGUGGAUGGAGGAAUCAGUGACAACUUACCUCACUAUGAAUCUAAGAAUACCAUCACAGUUUCGCCUUUCGCUGGGGAGUGUGAUAUCUGUCCAAAGGGACAUUCUGCCAGCUUUCAUGAAAUGAAUGUGACCAACACCAGUAUUCAGCUUAGUUUGGGGAACCUUUAUCGUUUAACACAAGCACUCUUUCACUUUCCACCAGAACCUAAGGUACUAGGAGAGAUCUGUGAGCAAGGAUAUUCAGAUGCUCUUAAAUUCUUGACAGAGAACGGUAUUCUGAAAGACUCAGUUCAUAUCCACUUGUCCUUCACAAAAAGAAAUCCUCAUGAGGCUGCACAACAUGUUGACCCUAUGAAGAAAAAAAAAUUGACAGAAAAUAACAGAGUAGAAACUUUGAAAAUGGAAGUACUUAAUGACCAGCUGAAGCAAAAUCCAUGGCCUUUGGAGAAGAGCAUAUUUGAGAGUCUUCCUCCUAGACUUCGUAAAGCACUGCAGGAAGCUUGUAAAGAACAGAAUGGAUUCUAUGCUCAGUUCUCUAAAUUCUUCCCAAUGCGAGUGAUAUCCUAUCUGAUGCUACCAUAUACGUUACCAGUAGAGUCCGCUUACUCUGUUGCUUUACGGUUAGUAAACUGGUUUCCUGACAUGCCUGCUGAUGUUCGAUGGAUGCAAGAACAGCUUUGUCGGAUUGCUGGUACAGUUUAUUCCCAGGCUAAAAGCAAGCUAUUCUCUACAGCCAGGAAAGACCAUUUGGCAUCACUAAGAAAAUGUCAAACUGUCCCAUCUUCUAUGGAACGUCAUUCUUCAUACUGCCACCUUAAAAUGCCUCACUCUUCUGCGGACCUUGAAACCUGGCUCUGGGAAUCUUCAUGCUUCAUGCAUUCAGCUAUGAAAAAUGCUUCUGCUAACAUGCAGGAGCAUUCAGACUUAAGCUCCUAUCCUAAUUUUCUCCCAAAUUCUGAUGAGUCUGGGUUGGAAAUAGAUUUUGACUCUUCCUCAGAGACAAGUUUCCAAACUGCUCCAGAAUAUUAAUUUGGAAGUAGAUUGCAGUUUCAAAAAUUCCAAUUUGGUGGAGAAAUUUAAAUUCUAAAGGACUAAAGAUGACUUUUUU